AUGGCUCAACAAACGCUUUUGUCCCCCGCCGAGCUUGCGUACCUCCACAGUUCCCUCUCCCUCAGCCCGCCCAUCCGUCCUGACGGCAGAACAUCAAAACAAUUCCGACCCUUGACGGCAGAGACCGGUAUCCUGCCUGGCACAAACGGUAGCGCGCGCGUCUGCCUGGCGGACGGCACAGAGGCCAUCGUAGGCGUCAAGGCGGAGAUUGAGAAGACGGUCGACCCGCUGGGCGGAGAGCACUACCAGGAGCGCGAGGCGCGAGGCGAGUGGCUGGAGAUGACGGUGGAGAUUCCUGGCCUGAGAGAUGACGACGCGGGGACGGUGUUUUUGGCUGAGCUGCUGAGGGAGGCGUUGCUUGCGGAUGGGGAGUUUGCGAAGAAGUUGUGGAUUAACAGACGGUUCCACUGGAGGCUAUAUCUUGACAUUCUUUUGAUAUCACCGCCGCUUUCAUACCCCCUGCCACUCCUCUCUCUCACAACACACCUCGCCCUCCUCGCCACAAGACUCCCGCGUCUCAAAUCAGAAGGCGACGAAGACCCCAUGUUCGACGACGACUGGGAGGCCGCCCCGUUCCUAUACCCCCGCGAGGGCGCCGCCACGGGCUCACGGCCGUCCAUCACGCUGCUGGUCGUUGCCGUGGGCGACAGCAUCCUGUUCGACCCUUCCAAGGAGGAACUCGCGGUGGCUGACUCCGCGCUGGCCGUGUCGCUGUGCGAGGUCAGGACGCGGCGCCAGCAGGGCAGCAUGGAGGUGGAUUCCGGGCGCGAGCUGCGGCUGGUGUCGAUGCGGACGAUUGACCCCCCCUCGAGGCUGACGCCGCCUGGGGUGCCCAGCACGGCGAAUUUGGCGGCGAGCGGAGCCUUUGAUAUACCGCAGCAAAAGCAGCAGCAGAAGGCUGAGGAGUAUCCCCAAGAAGGCGUCUGGAAGGCACCGUUGGGUGGAACCAAGUUUGCCGUCUUGGAUAGCAUCAUGCAGGCUGUCCUGGAAAAGGGAGGCGUUGCAGAUGAAGUCUUGGAUGGAUUGGAAGGAGUAGACCUGGCGUAA